AUGCGCUUCAUCUUCGUCACGGCUCUCGCAGCUCUCGCUGCUGCACAAAGCACCACCUUAAUGGACUCCAGCGCAAGCGGCAGCAUGACAACCUCGACUUCCUCAGCCGCACCCUCUUGUGGCGCUGGCCAGUCAACCUGCAACGGAGUUUGUUUCGAUUCGAGCGAGUACACUUGCUGUCCUGCGGGACUCUGUGCCGCUGGCAACUACUGCGGUCAAGACAGCUCCGGCAACGCUGCCUGCUGCGCCCAAAACACCGCAGGCUCCUGCUCCGCGGCUUCUACACCAACUUCCCUCAGCCGUGGUGCUACUGCCUCGUCAGGUGCAGCGACAGCAACCUCCUCGGCAAGUGGAAGCAAGAGUGCUAGUUCUUCGUUGAGCGCUUCGGGCUCUCAGAGCAGUGGUGCAAGCACUGCUAGUUCUUCGGGCGGUGCUGCCGGUCACGCCGAUUCCUGGCUCUCGAACGCCGUCUCCUAUGCUGCCGGCGGUCUGGUCGCUGCUGCUUUGAUCUAA